AUGCUGCACCUUCGCCUUCUACACCAAUACAACACCUACACCGUCCAGACCUUCACUGAUGCCUUCCAGCUCGGGGGUUUCAAGUCGGAGGCUCUCCGCGUCGAUGUCCCCACCCUCGCCUUCCAGCACCACUACCUCAUGGACGCCCUCUUCUCCGUCACCCUCCUCCACCUGGCCAGCACGGAUCCUUCCCCUGACCUCCCCGUCACCACGUACCGAGACCGCGCGCUGCGGCAGCUGCGGCAUCAGGUCGAGAAUGUGUCGGAAGAAAAUGCCCGACCCGUCUUUAUCGCUUCGCCCCUGUUAUCUGUGACUGCACUUACGGCGGAUCGGCAGACGGGCUAUGAGGGGAUGUGGCUCACGAACUGGCUUGCGCUGGCCAUCGGGCCGCGGAUCAUGAUAAACGGACAGAGGAAACACGUAUCGCCCCGCCCCACGCCGCUGAGGGCAACACCGCUGGACCACGCUGCUCCUGUCGCGAUCCCAUUGGAGCUGGAGGAUGUCCUGCGGAUGGACGAGGACGACGAGGACGACGAGGACUGGGAGUUCCGCGAGGACCUCCAGCGCGCGGCAUCCGGGAUAGGCAGGCUGUUCGGGUCACUGGUCUGCCCUACCUGUGAGCUCUGCGUGGCUUUCAAGGUCAGGUCAUGGCUGUUCGUAUACGUCUCGUCAAAAUUUGUGGAUAUCGCCCGUCGCCUGAGGCCGAGAGCCUUGGUUGUGACGAGCUACUACCUGCCAUUCUUCCACUGGUUUCCAAAGAUCUGGCUGUAUGAGGACGUGGCUAUGCGGGAGACGGAGAGGAUUGCCGCGGCAGUUGGGGAUGAAUGGGCUGCGCCUCUGGCGGCUCCCAAGGUUGCCGUGAGAGUGAAGGAUACGGGUCUCCUGAAAGAGUUCCUUCUUGGGCUCGUGUCCCGUGAAUGUCUUCAAGAUGAGAACUCUUUUGAAGGAUUUGUUUGA